AUGUUCCAGAGUUCAAAAGGUUCCAAUUCUUCAUCAACUUCAAGCUCAAGAUCUGCAAGCAUUUCUACAGCCACACCAAAUACUGUAGUGGAGGAUGAAGAAUUGUUAUGUGAUCCUAAAUCGGAAUUGACACCACCAGCAGUUACAACCCCUUUGAGACCGGUGUCUAAAUCUAAUAAUACCGUUGAAGAUGAUUCAAAGCCAUCAUUCACCUAUGAUUUGGACGUGUUCAAUUUAUGCAAAGAAUACCUAAAUACCAGGAAUCAUCAUGGAUUGGCAUUGAUUGCUAGACAAAAGGGUAUCCCUCCGAUAUUGAGGUUCAAAGUGUGGCCAAUAUUGCUCAAGUCUCAUCCGUUUGUUAUCAGUCCCUUUAUCCAGCCAGAUAGUGAACUCAUAAAUGAAUCCACCUCCAGCAGAAGUAAUUCUUCUUCUUCCUCUACUUCCACAGGAAGUACGACUCCAAUACUGACAUCAUCCGGUAACAUAAAAGAUGCAGCAAUAAUUGAUGGUGGAGCUAGCGAUAAUGAUAACGAUGGCAAUAAUGACAAUAAUGAUAAAGACAACAACAGCAACGAUACCAGCUCUAAAGAAAAGGAAGAGGACGAACAGAAUAAUGAAAUAAGACAAAAGAUUAAGCGUGAUCUCGCUAAAUACAUCCAAAGAUUAAAGUAUUCACAAUCAAAAUAUACGGUUGGUGAAACAGAACACGAAAUAUUAUCGAUCUUAGAAAAUGCAAUUAUGAAAUUCACUUUAAAAUGGGGGAAAAUCAUAAAAUAUGAUCUGUCUUUAACUUGGAUUGCGUUGAAUUUAGCAGAGUGGUUCCCACCAAUACCGAAGACUCCAUGGGUUUUAGUCGGGAAAGAGUAUUCAAGUAGUCAUCAAUCAUUGAUUGUAAAUUUUUUGGAUGAUUAUUCCAAUUACAUUGAUAAUAUACCUGAUUUGAGAGAAUAUCUCGAACGACUCAUUUACCAUGAUGAAAGAAUAUCAACCAUUUCAUUUAGAGAAGUAUAUGAAAGGUUGGUGUUGGUAUUGUUGCAUUGUCCACAACCUAUGUCUCGAAGAAAAAAAUCUGAUAAUCAAGGACAGAGUCAAAGAAGAAAUCAGUCAGAAGCACAAAAAGACCAACAGUCAUUUAAAGUGAACAAAACCACAUUGCCAAAAACAGGAGGUACUAUCGAAGAAAGGGUUUCGUAUUUUAUCUACUGUCUUCGUAAAUUGAUACCUGAAUUAUCCCAAUAUUUCCACGAAGAACAGAUUUUGACGAAAUUUGGUUGUCUCGAUGAUGAGUGGUUAAUUUGGUGGUUGAAGUUUUGUGGAACAAAAGUAUGGUCAAAAUAUGAUAGAGGCAGAAUUUGGGAUUUCAUGUUGGGUUGGAGAUUGAAAAAUCCGAAAAGAGAUUUCAAUUAUUAUUAUGAAAAACUAAAUUAUGUCAAUAGAAACACUUUAGAAAAAUUGGGUCCAGACAUUUUUUGGUCGGUUGGUAAUGAAGAGGAUGAUAUCAGUGGUGAUAAGAAUGUUGAUGCCAACGCUAAUGAGAUAAAUAAUAGUGAGAAAACUAGUACAGGAAAACUAGUGAAACGAGAAGGAGAUAUAAAGAGAAGUUCAUUUAAAGAUUUGGUCAAUGAAUUGAGUAAUGAGUUGCACAUCUCGAAGAGGGUGUCUACCGACGGAGUGAUAACAUCUUCUUCUUCUUCUUCUUCCCCAACAACAACAAAAUUGGCACCUUCAUCGUCUACAUCAUCCACAAUCACGCCUAAUGUUUCAAUUCCAUUCUCGAGAGUUGAUCCUCAUGUUGCAUUGAUUUUCAUUUCGCUAUCGUUAUUAAAAUCAAAAGAAAAUAUAUUGGUUGAACUUGAUCAACAUGAAAUUAGACAAUUUUUGUCUCGAUUACCUUCCAAAUCAUACAAGUAUAAUCAGAAAAGAACUACUAAGCCAAAGAGAACAAGCUAUACAUCGAAUGCGUCAUCAACUUCUAAUUCGCCGAUGGGACAACUGCCUGUGGAUCGUGAUGAAGACUCAAUUUUCCCAACAAAUCGAAUUGUUAUAUCGAAUGAUUCCAAAGAUCAGAAACAUAAAGUUAAUUUUAUUGAUAAUAUUAUUCAGGAAGCUGGUGAAUUAUGGAGAAAAUGGCUUUGGCUGGAAAUGGUUGAGGAUAAUUAG